GGGGCCGGGGAAAAGUGUGCGGAGAUGGCGCGUACCGCUAGCGGCACAGUGUCCGGGGCAGCUCUGCGGCCCACGGUGGGGCGGGAAAUGUCAGGCCAUCCCCGCCCCGCCCUCCGAGCCUUGGGCCUCGCGCCCGGCGGCGGCCGUAGAGGGGUCGAUGGCCCGGGCGGUGCGCUGCGGAGACCGAGGCUAAGACGGAGAUGGCGCCCGCCGCGUCCAGGCUGCGAGCGGAGCCCGGGAUCUGGGCGCUCCCGCGGCGCGCGCUCGCCUGGUACCUGCUGCUCCUGCGGCUCUACCCCGUGCACACCAAGGCAGCCACCAGUGGCAUUUUGUCAGCUGUUGGGAACUUCCUGGCCCAGAUGAUCAAGAAGCGGAAAACAGAAGACUCUCAAAGCCUAGAUGUCAGUGGGCCUCUCAGAUAUGCAGUCUAUGGGUUCUUCGUCACAGGUCCCCUGAGCCACUACUUGUACCUCUUCCUGGAGCGUUGGGUCCCUCCUGAGGUUCCCUUGGCCACCGUUAAGAGGCUGCUUCUGGACCGUCUGUUCUUUGCCCCAGCCUACCUGCUGCUGUUCUUCCUCGCCAUGAGCCUGCUGGAGGGGAAGGAUGCUGCUGCCUUUGCCACCUGGGUGAGGAGCAGCUUUUGGCCUGCCCUGAAGAUGAACUGGCGCGUGUGGACCCCACUGCAGUUUGUCAACAUCAACUAUGUGCCCCUGCAGUUCCGGGUGCUCUUCGCCAACCUGGUGGCUCUGUUCUGGUACGCCUACCUGGCCUCUCUGGGGAAGUGACAAAGGCCUGAGAGGACCUCGGACGCACAGUGGCUGGAGCUGGGGAACAUCGGGACUAAUGCAGGCAGGAUUCCAUCUGAUGCUGUUGUGUGGUUCACAGUGCCUCCAAAUGAGAGCUAGAGAAACAGAAGCCUCAGGAUCUCUCUUGAGAGGAGAAGCAGCUGCCACCUCAGGCAACAGAGAUUGUACAGGGUGCUGCCUGAAACUGAACAAGGGUCUUAAUAAACUGGAGUGGAGCCAUUUCCCUGA